AUAAGUACACAGUUAGCUAAAGCACGUCACCAUAUUAAACGUCUUCGGGUUGAAAGAAUUGAUUCUGAACUAUCAAUUUCUGAAUCUAUUAUGUCUGAUGCAAGAGGGGGUAAUAAAAAGAAUGCAACACCCACUCCUAAAAAGAAGAGAGAUCCUAAUGCACCUAAAGGCCCUGGUAAUGUCUUUUUCCUCUUUUGUCGUAUGGAGCGAGAAAAUAUAAAAGAUGAAGUACCUAGUGAAAGUUUAGGUGAAAUUACUCGAUUAUUGGGUCAAAAAUGGAAAUCGCUUACAAAGGAAGAAAAACAAAAGUAUUAUGAUAUCUAUAAAAAGGAACAAGAGGAGUAUGAGACAGCUAUGAAGAGUUAUACAGCUGCUGGUGGUGGUGCUGAAGGUGCUGCAGCUGUAGAAGCAGCAGCUAAUAAAUCAAAACAACAAAAUGAAGAUGAAGAAACAGAUGAGGAAGAGAUUGAUAUGCUUCAAGAUGAGGAAGAUGAUGAAAUUGAAGAAGAAGAAGGAGGAGAAGGAGAAUUAGAGGAAGAGACUAAUAUGACAUCUAAUAGUUAUCAUAAGCCUUUGACAAGUAGUAAUCUUCAUAUCACGCAAACUAUGGAUUCACCUAAUUCUUCAGUUGCUACAAAUCAAUCCUCCCUCAUGCCAGAAACACCCAGUAAAGACGAUAAUUUAGAUACACCAACCGCUACUACUACUACUACUACUACUACCAUAUAA